CAGACAAUCAGACAGAAUCAAAAACAAAAUGUCACACCGACAAAGUAAUUGCGUAUUUUGGUUGUGUGAUUUAUAUUAAAACUAAAUAAUUUGUUGUAAAUAAGUUAUGUUAAGUGUUGUUUUUAAGUUUUGUAAAUAAGAUUGCAAUGUGGUGUGUAAACGUAAAGUUUUAAAUGUGCAGUGAACUUACAUAUAGUGAAAGUUUAUGUCUAGCCGAAUAUCGAAAUAGAUACAAGGGAUAGUUGCGAAAACGACACAAGUUACUAAAAUAUAACUUAAUUAGACAUGGUAGUUUGCUGGUCAAACUGCUCAUAGUGCCUAGAUCACAGAUACAAUGGGGCAGCAGACAUCAAGAAAGAGCGGCGAAUGCACGUGCGGCUGCGGCGCGUGGGAGCGGCGACGCUACGUCGAGUCGCCGAGCAGCGUGCACAGAUACGUCAGCGCUGUUACCGAUAGAUGGAGCGGUCGGCAGUGCUCGUGCCGGCGGCGGCGCUGGCGACGCGCCGCGUGCGUGUGCACCGCGUACAGGCGCGUUAGCGACGCGUGCAACGACGACCGAUUAGCGGCAGUAUUGACGCUGGGCGCGCGUGACCUGAGGCGGGAGUUGGAAUCUAUUGUCAUAAAUACUGAUGGUGAUACAAAUAUAGAGGAUGUGGAACCGACGGCUGAGGUUUAUGUGCUCUCCGUCGCACCGCGCACUGAAGGCGAUCUCCCCCCAGAUGCGAGGGGCAAUGAAUUGGUGCAGAGCAAUGAUGGAUCCAUCAGGCGGUUUCAGGUGGUGUGCGGCAGUGAACUACGCGCUCUGCUCUUACGGGCCCCAUCGUUACAGCACUCGUUGCCUGCAAACGCACACACUAAAGUGCAUACACAGGUGGACUACAAGCACUGUCUAGUGCCGGACCUGCAAGAGAUCACGGCCUGCUCGUUCUACUGGGGCAAGAUGGACCGCUACGAGGCUGAACGCUUGCUCGAUAAUAAACCCGAAGGCACGUUCCUGCUGCGCGACUCUGCGCAAGAGGAGCACCUGUUCUCUGUGUCGUUCCGCAAGUACGGUCGCUCGCUACACGCGCGCAUAGAACACUAUCGGCACCGGUUCAGCUUUGACUGCCACGACCCGGCCGUGUUCGCGGCGCCCACCGUCACCGGCCUCAUCGAGCACUAUAAGGACCCCGCGUGCGUGAUGUUCUUCGAGCCGAUGCUAACGGCGCCCUUACCGCGAACCGCGCCCUUCUCGCUGCAGCAGCUCGCGCGGGCCGUCAUCGUGUCGCACACCAACUAUGACGGUGUGGAGCAGCUCCCCCUCCCCGGGCGUCUCCGCGCGUACCUCAAGGAGUACCACUACAGGCAGCGCGUGCGCGUGCGACGCCUCGAGCGCGACCUGUACCACUGACUAACGGUGACUGUACGUGACUAACGGUGACUAUACGUGACUAUGAAUGACUAUAAGUGACUAUACGUGACUAUGCGUGACUAUAUGGGUAUAUACGUGACUAUAAGAGACUAUACGUGACUAUAUGU